AUGCUGACGUUCAAAACUGGCCUCGCCAGUAAAUUUAUAAAUAUAGUUCUACUUAAAUUCCUCAGCAAGUACAGUCACCGUGGCGAGGUCAUUAUCUUGACUACAUCACUCGCGAGACCCCGUUUUCCGUUCUUUCCUGUUGCGAAGGAUAUAUUGUGUGAUCUCGCUGUGGGUUUACCUCUCUCAAUCUCCGUCUGUUCUGCGGAACACCCUUCUGCUGUAUGGGCGAGACAAACUGAGCUGCCUUUACUGACAAAACCUGUAACGAUUUUGAUUGAGUUUCCAGGUUUGGGUGGGCGUUGA